AUGCCACUUGUCCUGUACACCUGUCUCUUCUGGCUUUCCACCAGUGGCCUCUGGACUGUCCAGGCCAUGGACCCAAGUGCUGUUGUGAGUGCAAGGAGCCCUCACCGGGGCCUGGCUCCAACCAACGUCGACUUUGCCUUUGACCUGUUUCAGCACCUAGUAGCUUGGGCUCCCAAUAAGAAUAUCUUCAUCUCCCCAGUGAGCAUCUCCAUGACCCUGGCCAUGCUGUCCCUAGGCUCUGGCAGCCGCACACGGAGCCAGCUUCUCCAGGGCCUGGGCUUCAACCUCACAGCGAUAUCUGAAGCAGAGAUCCACCAGGGCUUCCAGUACCUCCACCAUCUCCUCGGGGAGUUGGAAAGAAGCUUGGAGAUGAUCAUGGGCAAUGCUCUGUUCCUUGACCAUAAUCUGGAGCUGCUGGAAUCCUUCUCGGCAGACAUCAAACACUACUAUGAGUCAGAGGCCUUGGCCACAGAUUUCCAGGACUGGGAGAGAGCCAGUAGAGAGAUCAAUGAGUAUGUCAGGAAUAAGACAAAGGGGAAGAUUGUGGAUGUGUCUUCAGACCUGGAUAGCCUAGCUACCCUCAUCCUGGUCAACUACAUGUUCCUCAAAGGUACAUGGGCAUACCCCUUUGAUCCAGAAAACACCAAAGAGAAGAGCUUCUAUGUGAAUGAGACCAGCAAGGUCAAGGUGCCCAUGAUGUCCCAGUCCCGCGUCAUGCUGUACCUUCAUGACUCAGUGGUCCCCUGCCAGGUGGUGCAGCUCAACUACGUGGGAAAUGGGACUGUGUUCUUCAUUCUCCCGGACAAGGGGCACAUGGACACGGUCAUCGCAGCAUUGAGCCGGGACACGAUUCAGAGAUGGUCCACCACUCUGACCCUCAGGAACAGCCAAGUGGACCUGUAUAUCCCCAAGGUCUCCAUCUCCGGCACAUAUGACCUCAAGAGUGUGCUGGUGGACAUGGGCAUUUCAGACUUGUUCUCCAACCAAGCAAAUUUCUCGGGCAUUACCCAGAAGGCUCCACCAAGCAUGUCACAGGUGAUCCACAAGGCCAUGCUGCAACUGGAUGAGAGAGGCAUGGCGCCCGCUGCCCCCACAAAGAACGCCCUGCCUCUGACGUCUGAGCCAGUCACCCUCCGCUUCGACCGGCCCUUCCUCAUCCUCAUCUUUGACCACUUCACAUGGAGUACCUUGUUUUUGGGCAAGGUUGUGAACCCAGCCUGA